AUGGCUGUCCAUUCCUUCCGCCGCCGGAGCGUGGCUCUCCAUUUGUUUUUCGCUUGUUUCAUAUAUCUCCGGUGCACUGCGGCAUUUACUGGCUCAGUGUACCAGUUAGACACGGAAUACUCCGGCGCAAACUUCUUCCAGGGAUGGGACUUCUUCACGGGUGGCGAUCCCACGGGAGGCUUCGUAACAUAUUACAGCCAAAGCUCUGCCCAGCUCACGGGCUUGAUCAACGCGAGCGACAGCUCACCCGUCUACAUCGGUUCUGACUACAACACCUUGAUUGGCUCGACACAAGCUGCGGGCAGGCCCAGCGUAAGGAUCUCCACGAAGAGGUCAUGGACACAUGGAUUAUUCAUUGGAGAUUUUAAUCAUGCACCUGGUGGCAUCUGUGGCACUUGGCCAGCCUUCUGGACAUUGGGACCUAACUGGCCAAACAACGGCGAGAUCGACAUCAUGGAAGGAGUGAACCAGGCCACCUACAAUGCUGCGACGUUACAUACGAGUCCGGUGUGCUCAAUAGCAGGAGACAGCAGGACCAUGACGGGUCAGCUGUCCAACAACGACUGCGCGUACUAUCCCGGUUACAAUGUCGGCUGCGGCGUACGGGACAAUCGAACGACCAGCUUUGGCUCCGGUUUCAAUGCGGUCGGAGGAGGAGUGUAUGCAAUGCAUUGGACAUCAGACUACGUCCGUGUUUGGUUCUUCCCACGGAAUUUGAUCCCUGCCGACAUUAUCAACAAGACACCCAAUCCUUCCUCCUGGGGUUUACCGGCUGCGAAUCUGCAAGGUUCCUGCAUCAUCGACCAGCAUUUCCAGAGCCACAAGGUCAUUCUGAACAAUGCCUUCUGCGGAGAAUAUGCUGGCGCCUCCAGCGUGUGGAACUCGACCACGAAUUCCUGCGCCACGUCGACCGGGUACUCUACGUGCAAUGCAUAUGUCGCAGGCGUACCUGGAGCCUUUCAGAACGCGUACUGGAGCAUCAAUUCCAUCCGAAUUUACCAACUGCUCGACUCUAGCCCGAACGCCACCAACACAAUCGCCCCAUACAUUGCAAGCAACCAGCCGACUCAGUCGACUGCUGUAUCGACGACUUCAUCUUCAACACCAGUGCCGACGACGUCCCUAUGCCCAACUUACAAUUUUACUGUCGUUCAGUCCGGCCUCUACAACUAUGAGAUCGAAUGCGGCGUCAACAUCGGUGGGUCUGACCUUGGGAGACCGUAUCCAAGCUAUUCAUACACCAACUUUGAAGGUUGCGUGGGCGGGUGCACGUAUUGGAACACGUACAACGCAACGAACAUCUGUGGUGGUGUUACCUACAACGUCGCCAACAAUGCAUGCUACUGGAAACGAAAUGUCGGCAGCAGCCCGGCUCAAGCAGGCUUCAACAGUGCGCGCCUGAUCUACUAUGCCUAUCCACAAGUAACGGAUGACCCGAGAAUGCAGACCACGAGCAGUAGCAGUACGUCCUACGUCGCGACGUCUGUCACGCCUGUAUACUAUUCACCGCCAGGCGUCACGACGACCACGUCUUUCUCCUUGAUCACGGAGACACCCACGGCCAACAUUACUAACGGUGGUGGCAUGGGAGGUAGCAUUUCGUCUACUGAUGAUACAACUUCGACAAGCACGGAUGCGGGAACCACGAGUUCACAAUCACAUUCGUAUACCGGCUCCUCCUCUUUCGGGAGUAGCACAACAUCAACAUUGUCUGCUUUGCUCAGCUCUUCGACGUCUCGCCCAAUACCCACUUCGGCGACCACGCUACCUACUACAAGCUCCCUUGUGCCGAUAUCAUCUUCGCCGGCGGCCAUGACCGCACUUCCUCCAACUUCAGCCACAACAACUACACAGCUCUCGACACGGAGCUCGAUAUCUUCUAGCACACUAUCAUCCUUGAUACCAUCUUCAGCCACGUCUGCUGGUACAUCGAACCAUGGGUCGACCUCAGCUCAGGCCACGUCCGCACAAUCGCCAAUACUUUCCUCUUCUUCGCCGGUGGUCUCGGUUUCAUCUGCCCAUGCCACAUCCUCUACCAUCAGCCAGACACAGCCUCAUUCCUCGUAUGCUACUACAACCACUCCCGGAGUCACCACUCAUAUCAAUACGUCAUCGAGCAUGAGUCUAGUCCCCAGCAGCAGCAGCAGUCCUGUCGGCGUGUCCUCUGUAUUGAAUCCACCGUCUUCUAUGCUUACGUCGUCCGUCCCAGCAUCGUUGUCACCCUCAACGAACCCCGCAGGACCGACAACCUCUUCGAUCAUAAUGGCACAGUCGUCUUCGCAAGGGUUGAGCAGCUCCGCACCCAUUUCGCAAACGACCUCACCCUCCCAGCAACCACCAACCUCAGAUUCACCAUCAGGAUUCCCGACGACAUUAGCCCCACAGGUCAGUAGUACCAGCUCCGAUCCCGUCCAACCAUCCGUCUCGACAACGGCAGUCGCGUCAACCUCUGAACCGUCGACCACCACGACUACGAGCGAGAUCCUGCCUGGACCCACGGAAGUCGUCUCGGAAAAUGGUGCCUCUUUUUCCUUUGCAGGAUGUCUGGGACCGCGAUCCAAUACUGCGUUUGCCAACAGUUUUACCCUUGUCGAAGAUUCACCAUCUAUGUCUAUCGAGCGGUGUGUCAGUGACUGCUCCUUGGACGUGUUCGCUGGGUUGUACGAUACGUAA